AUGGGCAGACUCAGUCAUCUCAUCCGACUGGCCUUGGGCCGGUCCGCCUUUGAGGAGCCUUUGAGGGACGAAAAUGGCGAGUUUGUUCUCAACUCUCAUGCCUUUGAUAACGGUGCGCCCGGAUAUGUUCAGCAAUUCGACAGUCGUGGCCACCCAGUCAAUGAGAGUUCGGAGCGAGCAGAUAAAGCUCUGAGAAGGGCUCAGAACGAGGUUUUGCGGGUGGUGGGCGUCGUCAGAUCGAAGCAUGAUACAGAUACGAAGCUUGCACGGCGCCACGACCUUUCAGAUGAUGAGCUAGUUGACUUGGUCAAGCUGGAGAAUUUCGUUGGCCUCGCCAUGCGAGAAAUUUUCGCGUUGGGUCUCGAUUUCGGCUCCUGGUGGGCGAUAUCAUUCCGCUCUAGGCUUGUGACAUUCCGAUCAUACUUCGCACCGAGCUUGAUGGACGUCAUGUAUUCAGAAACACGACGCCUGGGGCCACCAGCUUUCUGCCUUUCGGGGCUAGGCUUCGGUAUCGCUGCGGAUUGGAUACGAGACUAUCGGUACAUGUUCACUCCAUCUAUGCAUCGGCCCAUCCGUCCGAAUGUCGAUGACUGUAAGAAUCUCAAAGCUCAGAAUUGCCUCCUUCUUAACGAUCACAGGAAAGAUGUGGGCAUCUUCACGAUCGAGUGGCCGAUACGUGCACAUAGCAUGCUCCAGGCGCUGGGUCUGAUGCCAGUCGAACACCUUAUUUCCUGGUCUACCUUCAUAUCCCCGCUCAGCGAGUCGCCCAAAUAUUUGGCGAGAAUGCCUGCAGCGGUAUCACUUCCAGCUUACGGAGCGUUUUGCAUCAGUCUGGUAACUUCUCCUUUUGUCCUUGCCUAUAUUGGCGAGCAGAUACGCGAAAGCAUAGAAUUGAGACUUCGCUUCCUAUUGCCAGAUAUCAUAGCGAAGCCGGAUCGUGCUGACAGACUCUCGGUCGGAGGCCGUGUUGGGGAGCUCGAUACCUACACGACUAUCAUACCGAAGUUUCACCAGGACCCUCUGGCCAUUCCGUUCCUGAAGUCACGGCUGUCUUUCCUUGAUCAGCUACGCAUCGCUUUCCCAACAUGCCUCAAGAUACUGACCUGGCUCCGACUCACUUCUGGUGGAGACAUGAUCGACGGAGCAGAAAUACCUGAGAUUCUGCAGGCAGCAAAAUAUCGGUACGGAGCUCUGGUCAGAGAGAACCAUCGAAGGCCAUUGCAAGCGCAGCUCCCUGAUGAUCAGCUUCGCAGAAUGGCAAUUGACCAAGCCUUGUCGGAGAUGCACAUCGACCCCAUUGGCAGAAUCGGGUAUAUUCACGAAUGGGCUGAUGAUAUAUCAACAGCUACGCCCGAUCCAGACGACCUCAACUUGAGCGACGCUGACGUUGACGAGAUGACGGCAGGAGGACACGCACUCGCACCCAGAGCACAGAUGUCUGACGAAACGGAGAUCAGCCCAACGGUACCACUCGAGAGACUUCUUGAACCGGUCGAUCUCCCCGAGGCUAACAUGCCUGACCCUUCAGCCCCAUCCACUCCAGUACCCGGACUCUCAAGAGCCCCGUCUCUGGCACGGGCAUCACACACCCCUGAAAGGCUUCAGGGUAUCGCCCCACGACCAGUGCGUCGUCCAACUGAGCUUGACGAAGAUAUCUCGGCCAUUGCUUCAUCGUUGCAGAAUCGAGCAGCCACUCCGAAACCAGGUUAUGAUCACCGCUCGAAUCCGAAGUAUUUUCGGGUCACUACGUUGUCUACAUUUACAGGUGAUCUAACAUGUCUCUGCGCAAGCUCUUUCUUGGCGUCAAUGAUCAUGUUGCCGUUCGACGUUUACUACACAAGAAGGCUUGCCACUGCAUUCUUGGCUUCCGGAACGGCACAAACUCCACGAGCUACAUCAAUUCUUGAAGACAUUGGGCCUCUCAGGCCAACCAUGGGAAUAUUCAACAGCAGUACGCUUGCGCUGACGGCGAAAGUGCUCAUGACAUUCCACUUAGAGGCUCUGGCGAAAUUGUUAGUUUUAUCUGUUGGGUCGCGUGUCUGUUCAUGGAUGGGAAAAGCCUGGUUCCUCUGGGGGCGCGCGUAA